AUGUCUGAUACUGACGAACAUGCUGAUAGGACCCAUAUUGUUUCAGAUUUGAUGCCGUUCAUCUGCAUAAUCACACCGUGCAAGGAACCACGCGACAUGUAUCGCACAAUGGAAACAUGGAUGUCACACAUGAUGAAGAACCACGCCCAAGACCUAUGGACCUGCGUCCAUCGAGAUCACACAUCAGACAUGGGCUUCUCUUCAGAGCCUGAAUUCCGCCAACACAUGCUUAAGAUGCAUAAGGAAGAAGUGGCUGAAGAGGACAUAGACGAAGUUGUCCAGGAAUGUCAUACUCGAAUCUCACCCUUCAAUUCCAUUCAAAAAUGCCCAAUAUGCGGCGACACCAGCUUCGGUGACAACCAGGAUGUCCAGGGCCAUAUUGCAUCGCAUCUUGUGUGGUUCUCUCAAAUCUCGGUGUCCGGUCACAUUAUUCCGGAAAGCUUCAAUCUGGAACAUGACUUAAAGGCCCACGAGUCCCGAAGCACACUAUUUGUGGUUCCAAAUAGUGACAAUUCGGCAGAGAUAGCAUCGAUACUUGAAGCAAAUGCAGAUGAAGACACUGAGGAGGUCUUUCAAGCUGAAGAGCUUUCUGGCGACAUUAGCGGACCCGCUCCUGACCUUGGUCCACAUGAUACCCAGACUUGGAAAGAAGUAACGGCGAAAACGUUGCAUUCAGACUAUAAUCUAGCUGAUGAUAAUGUGAUUCAAACGUUGUUCUCGGCUCAGAAGCCCGAUCUCCAGAUGGAGCCAAUCGAGGAAGACUCUACCAUGGUUGGGCCAGCUGAGACUACCACUCCGACAAAGUCAGCCGUUUCCAUGGCUCCUCGCCCGGAGGCAGAAAUCACCUGGGACGCUGCACCUGUAUGGGAUCCCUACGCACAGAAAUACUAUUGGGAGGGUGUACGGCUUGAAGGCCGAAAGAGAGUACGGAAAUACGCAAGACUUUCGACAAAUUUUGACGCAAACGGCAACCCGCUACCAGACAUGAGGCCUCCUUCCAUGGGUGCUUCUGGUGUGUCCUCAAUUCCAACUGUUCAGGAUCAAAGUGAUGUGAGGCCGAGAAAGGCACCGCAUCUCAUGGGAGAUCAGGCCUCCAAAGAAUAUUCAGACCUUGAUUAUCAAAGUCAAGUGGAGUGA